AUGGCCGACGUAGACGUACAAGUCCAGUAUACCACUACCGAACGAAAGACCAGGAAGGUCAAGAAAUCUUCGAAGCGUAGGGAGUCUAAGGAUGGCGACGUCACCGUCACCGAGAUCGAGCAGACCAACACGACCAACACCAACGACGAUGGCGGCGAAUACACGAAGGCGAUGAACAAGGACUGGCACAGCGGUCACUUCUGCUGCUGGCAGUGUGAUGAGUCGCUGACUGGCCAGCGAUACGUGCUUCGUGAUGAGCACCCCUACUGCAUCAAGUGCUACGAAAGCGCCUUCGCCAACGGCUGCGAGGAGUGCAACAAGAUCAUUGGAAUCGACUCUAAGGACUUGUCAUACAAGGACAAGCACUGGCACGAGGCCUGCUUCCUGUGCGCCAAGUGCCGCGUUUCACUGGUGGACAAGCAGUUUGGUUCCAAGCUUGACAAGAUCUACUGCGGCAACUGCUAUGACGCCCAGUUCGCCAGCCGGUGCGAUGGAUGCGGCGAAGUAUUCCGUGCUGGUACCAAGAAGAUGGAGUACAAGACGAGGCAGUGGCACGAGAAGUGCUUCUGCUGCGUAGUGUGCAAGAACCCCAUCGGCACCAAGAGCUUCAUCCCGCGCGAGCAGGAGAUCUACUGCGCCGGCUGCUACGAGGACAAAUUCGCCACGCGCUGCGUUAAGUGCAACAAGAUAAUCACGCAAGGCGGCGUUACGUACAAGAACGAGCCGUGGCACCGCGAGUGCUUCACGUGCACGCACUGCAACACUUCUCUAGCCGGCCAGCGCUUCACUUCGCGCGACGAGAAGCCCUACUGUGCGGAGUGCUUCGGUGAACUGUUCGCCAAGCGGUGCACCUCGUGCAGCAAGCCCAUCACUGGUAUCGGCGGCACUCGCUUCAUCUCAUUCGAGGACCGGCACUGGCACAACGACUGCUUCAUCUGCGCGCAGUGCAAGACCUCGCUCGUGGGCAAGGGAUUCAUCACCGACGGACAGGACAUCAUCUGUCCGGAGUGCGCCAAGCAGAAGCUCAUCGACACAACAGUUCUACCGUUAGUCGUUACAGCGAGAAACUGGUGCACACUCGAUGAGUAA